CCCGUCAGCUUCAAUCCGCCGUUUCUGGUUUUAUAACUUCUCUUUUCUUCUUCUUUAUCUCAUCUUUCCCCCCUUUUUUUACCUCUUCAACGAUGCGCGCAAUGCGGGGCGAACUCUGUGUCGGAUUUGCCACUGUGCUUUCCUUUGCUUCUCUCCUCUGCCUCAUCUUCAUGCAUGUUGGACAAAUAAGCACGUCCAGCGUACCGCGUCACAUCUACAUGGCAAAGGUCAACGUCUCAUUAUACGGUGCUGGCCUCGAAGCCAGACUAGGCGACCCCAUCGGAGGUCUCUACACCUCCAACGCCUCCGCACCCCUCCAAGCCUCCGCCGGCCUCCGACAGUUCUACGAAUUCGGCCUCUACUCCUACUGCGGCUACGUCGACGCCGUCAACGGAACAUGUACGAACAGCACCACCGCAAGACGCUACGAGCCCUUCGACGCCCUCACGGCGGACAUGAUCGCGAACUAUACGCAGAUCACGGAGGCCAUCAUCAAGGGGACGAGUUUCCAGGACGAUAACUACCAGGCUAGUACAUCCAAGGCUGCCUAUUACCUAUUAUUAUUGGGAACGAUAUGUGCGGGGCUGGCAUUCUUGACUGGCGUAAUAAAACACACCGUCGCCUUCCUCUUCUCCGCCUUCAUCUCCAUCGUCGGCUCCAUCCUCCUCCUCGCCGGCUCCGCCCUCUGGACCGUCAUGCUCAAGAAAUCGCAGGACAUAAAUAACAUCGACGUCGGCGACACCGAUAGCGUACCGUUUGGUAUUACGGUCGAUGUGGGGCAGGGGAUAUUCUUGAUGUGGGCGGGUUUGGCGUGUUUGGUGGUGUCGAUUAUUCCGUAUAUGAUUAGCUGUUGUACCUACCGGGGAUAGAGAUCCCUCACCUCACUUCGGGCUACGGACAUACAUACCUCAAACUAGUCAUCCCGGCCCUAUCCUCCGAGCACACACCCCCUCCUCCCUCCCCGCCCUUCCUCCCCACCUCCUCAGCUCUCCAUCUAUACAAGGCUACCCACCCUUAAUGCGUGUGAUACACGCCCCUCGCGACACCUCAAACAUAAAUCCGAAAUCGGAGUCUACGCUCCACUGUACCAUUUCCAGCCCCGACAGACGAUCGCCCUUUUUCUGUGCUAUAUAUUGUAUUUUUGUUUGCUUCUUCCUUCUUUGUUUCUUCGUCCUUUUUUCCUUUCUCUAUUUUCGUUUUUGUUCUACCUUUUUCCUCUUUCAUGUAAACAGAUCCGAGAUCUGUCUCUUCCUCAUUGCUCUUUGUUCCUUGUCACUUCUUAUUCCGUUCGAUUUAACACUCCACCCUUACACUCGAGACCUACACCUCCCCUCGCCCCUCACCCCUCGCGCUUUUUUACCUUUUAUUUAACGACCCCC